GGAGAUAGAAUCAUAAGAAGGGGGCCAAAAUUAUGAGGUGCUGAGUCAGCUGAAGGACAGCACCGUAAGUAACUCGCUUUAAUGAAAUUUGGAAUUUUGGAGCAGCAGCAGCAGUGGGCACCGGGCAGUGUAGGCAGUACCACCAGACCGCGACCACCCGCUACUUAAAUUAAACGUUCCUCUCUUCCCAUUUUCCUUCACCCCAAAGCCCCGAGCUUGCUGUAUGCCUACUAUACCGAGAGAAAGGGUCCUUCCUCUCAUUUCAUUUCAUUUCUUGUAUAAGAAAAUCUCCACGAUCCCCCCGCCCCUCCUCCCUGUAGUAAUACAUUCUAUAUAAACAUAUAUACUACUGAUUAGUAGUAUUAGCUAGGACUAGGAAGAGGGGCUUGUCAGAGUUAGACGAUAUGGGCGAAGAGAAGAAAGAGGAAGCGAACAAGGAGGAGCAACAGAAACAAGUACCGGGAAACAAAGAAGAUACUAGUAAAAAGGAAGAAGAAGGGGACAAGAAAGAAGAAAAGAAGGAAGAAGAGGUUCAGGAGAUUGUUCUCAAGGUUUGCGCUAACUACACAAUACUACUACUAAAUGCUUCAAAUGCAUUUGCUCUUACCGCCCACCAAACAAAAUUAAUUGAUUACUAAUUUGGACGCUCUUCACAUCAUAUCAGUAAAAUCACCCCAUCAAAUUCUCUACUCCUCUCUCACAUAAUCGUGCAACCCCCAGUGUUGUCCUCAUUGAAAUAAUUGCAACAGCUGUCCGUAUAUCCCUUCCCAUGCCCGUACCUGAAACCAUAGCUAUCAUAACAGGGCGGCGGGGGCGCGGGCCGCCCAUAACCAUAGUAGCAUGGCCCCCCGUUGUACCCUUCCGAACAUGGGACACAUCAGAACCCCACUGGAACUGGCGGGUGAGAGCACAGUUCAGGUGAAGUCGGUGCUGGUGGUGGUGGUGGUGGUGCAAGUGCCAUCGGCUUUUCAACUACUGUAACUGGGGGUAUACUUCGACUGAUUAGUGACUCCUCCAAUGUUAAUUGUCCCCUUCCUCUCU